AUAGAUCCCAUUAAACGGAGUCGGAUUUUACCUGCAAGCAGGCCACCGCCUGUGGCGCCUACGCCAGGAGCCGCCCCUGGUCGUACUGACGUGCAGACGCUGACGCCCUGGUCGGCUCCGGUGGUUUGGGAGGGAACCUUCGACCCGGUUCUCCUCGACAGCCUCUACCAGGCGAAGAACAUCACCAUCGCAGCCACGGUGUUCGCCCAGGGAAAGUACAUCAGGUUCCUGAAAAGGUUUCUGGAGACCAUGGAGCAGCACUUCUUCACUGGUUUCAAUGUGCAUGUGUUCGUCUACACUGACCGGCCAAACGAGGUGCCCCAAGUCAAAAUGUCCAGCGGCAGACAGCGGACGGUGAAAACACUUCCCACCGUUAACCGUUGGCAGGAUAUCAGUGCUAGCAGGAUGGUUCUGGUCCAGGCCCUAAUAGAGGAGGAGCUUCGUGACUACGCCGACUUCAUCUUCUGUCUGGAUGUGGACUCCAAGUUCCACGGCCGAUGGAGCACGGAGUCACUGGGAGAACGGGUCGCUGUGCUCCAUCCAGGUUACUACAAAGUCGACCGCAGUGGAUUCCCCUAUGAGCGAUGGCCUAUCUCCAAAGCCUACAUGGCUCCUGGGGACGGGGACUUCUACUACUGUGGGGGGGCAUUCGGAGGCAACCUGCAGGAAGUACACCUGCUUACCAAAACCUGCUCCACCAACUUUGGGGAUGAUGCUAAAAAAGGCAUCGAGGCCGCCUGGCAGGAGGAGAGUCACAUCAACAGGUAUUUGUGGAUCAACAAGCCCAGUAAGGUUCUGUCACCUGAGUACCUGUGGCAAGACUUUAAAGCCCGCGACCCUGAACUUCACAUCAUCAGGUUCUCUGGAGUUGUGAAGAACUACACAGAGAUCCGACCGAAUGUCUGAGAGAACCCAACCGCACCAGACGCACUUUGAAAGUCAGACAUGUAGUCCAGCUCAUUUCCUGUUUCGAGUCGAAAGGCACUUUAAGUAAAAAUGAGUAGAUAUACAGGUGCAUCUCAAUACAUUUCA